AUGGACAUCGAUGAACCAACAUCGUCUAAUAAUUCCAACGAUAGUGAUGAUGAAUAUGAUGAAGAGGUUUCUUACAUAGUGAUUGACCUCGGUACUGAAGUAACAUUAGACAUGAUAACAAACAAUUUCGAAAUCUUGAACAAUAUCAAUCCUUCUUCGUUCAAUUUCAAUCAGAAUCGUCAUCAUCAAAAUCAAGAUUCCUCAUCAACAUCGAUUCUCACUUCACAACCUUCUAAUACUAAUAAUAAAACUAGUAAUCCUACUGUUUUGGCUCCUUCCUCAAAAUCCUUUCAUCAUCACAUCAAACCUUCAACAACGAUUCACGAAAAAGAAGUUGAGACCUCUAAUUCUAUUAAUAAAAAUGAAAAUAAUGAUAUUGAUUAUUCAUUAAUUUCGAAUUUGUGGGAUAAUACGUCCGAAUGUGGUUUAGAUACAGAUACACCUUAUUUACGUAUAGGUGGUAUACAUUUUAAAGGUGAUUAUGAUGAAACUAUUGGAACUGAUUUAAUAUUUUUUCCAGAACCAGAUCCAAUGAAUUCAAGGCAACAAAAACUUACAUAUCAAUGCCUUACAACAAAAAAGAUAAAAUUCUCUCAAGUGAAUUUACAAGAGAUUGAUUUAAAUACGACGAAUGAAUUAAAUAUUGAAGAUGAUGAUAAUGAGUGGGAAGAUAAUUAUUCAUUAAAUAACAAACUAGACUUAUUUAAUAUUAAGAGUGAUCUUGAAGAUGAUGAAGAGGAGGACGAUGACUGA